AGUUCUCCACACUGCUGUGCAUGUCAUCUUUACUAAGCAGGGGUAGGAUGGUCUGAAUGAUCAACCAGGUAAACCCACUUGCUCUUCCAGUGCUGUUUUUAAAAGAAUGCUAUCUUAUCAAUCACCAGCCACUGCUUCACUUGUCUCCAUGAAUGCAGCUGGCAGCACAUGCACAGAUCCUGAUGACAAAUGGCAGAUAGGGGCAGAUAAGUUAGGGCUCUGUGAUUUGACAUCCCUGCUGAUAGACAUCAAAGCACUGCCCACAUUAGGGACAGAGUAUCCAAUGACAGGAUGCAUUUAAACCAGAACGCUUGUGUGACCAAACCAAUGGGAGCGCAGCUGCUUUGUUUCCCUCUGCCUGCAUGGCUGUGUUUAGUGCGCACACGUGACCUGACAGGGCGCUUACUGGUAGGCUAUUUAAACAUCAUCGAUUGGGUGCUGAAGCGGACAGCUCCCUAUUAAAACACAAACAAAACCAAAACAGUAUGGCUCAGCUUGUGUCUUUAUUAUGGACGCUUUGAAGCCGCUUUCUCUAUUUAACUCCCUGUGAACUUCCAGCUGCGCAUCAUCUCUAAACAUUAAGGGACUUUAUUUUAAGCUGCUGACGAGGAAAGGCGCUUCCACAAACGGCAUUUAAGCGGAUGUUGUGACACCUGUAGCUGAAACUGUAUCUCAUUUAAAAAAAAGAAAAAGAAAAAAGGGGAGGUUGGAUUGUUUCACAUUCAUUCAGCAUCCGCCCUGCACGAGAGGUGCUCCGGUGCUGUCUGAUCUCGAGUGGGGAAGGUAGCCUAAAGCCAUUUACGGACGCAUUAAUAUCUAAGCCGCUCUCUGUGGCUGCUUGCAGACAGGAAGGAGCAUGGAUAGAGAGGAAUUUGCUCUGACUAGUGCGUUGAGGGGAUUUGUAGAGCUGGGGGAGUGCUCCUGUUGAAACUAAACUAAGGACAGUGGAUGAAGCACCGUCACUAACAGCUCGCUAUUCCUCUUAAAUCUUUUUUCUUUAUUAUUUUAUAUUUUUCUGCGCGUGGAUUUAUUUAUUUUUUCAGUCAUGGGGAAAGAUGAGUGCAAAACAAUGCUGGACGCUUUGAACAAAGUGACCGCUUGCUACAGGCAUUUGGUGAUCGCCCUGGGCAGCACCUCGGACUCGCAAAACCUGCGAGAGGAGCUGAAGAGGACCCGCAAAAAGGCCCAGGAGCUGGCCGUGGCCAACAGGACUAAACUGACCUCUCUGCUCAAAGACAAGACCAUCAGCAAAGAGGACCGGGCCGAGUAUGAGCGCCUAUGGGUGCUGUUCUCCAGCAGCAUGGAUCUCCUGGAGGUGGACAUGAAGCGCUCCCUGGAGAUAGGGCAGGAUUUCCCCCUCAAGGUGCCGACGAGACACCUCAUCCAGACGGGAAUGACGGGCAGCACCACCACCGUGGCGGCCCGCGCCAUGAGCGUGCAGAACAUGAAGUACGAGGCGGACAGCAACAUCGACACGGCGGACCUCAGGGACCUGCAGUCCGAGAUCUCCCAGGUGAGCCAGAUGAUGGAGGAGAUGGAGCUGAAGGUGCAGGUGGCGCCGUGGGCGGUGGAGGCAAAGCAGGAGGCGGGCGCGGAGCUCAAGUCCAACAUGAGUGUAGGAAAUUCCUCCGUGGGUGUCAUCUCCAUCUGCGAAGAGGAGCCCAAAGAGGAGGAGGGAGGAGGCAACAGGGAUGCUGGCUUUGCCUCCAUCUGCGCUGUGUUUGUAUUCUUAGUCAUCGUUGCGGUCGCUGUGGUUUUAGGAUAUUUGGUCAUCAAUAUGUCCUGAACUGACUGAGUGAGUGAACAGCCCGAUAGACACCUUGCGCGGCUGCCCACGGGCGCAUCGCCGUGGUAACAAGAGCCAGCAUCUCCACAGAAAAGAGCUUUUUUUUUUUAACAUUAAGAGGCUGAAAAAUAUUGGACACAUGAAUUUAUUCAUAUUUUUUGGAAUUGUGAAUGUAUUCGGUGGAGUUUGGAAGUUGCACUAGAUAGAAAGUAGAACAACACAAGUAUUUCCAGGGGCCAAGGGGUCGUGUAUUUUUGGAAGAGGAGGAAAAAAAUUACGUGACAGUGUCUGGCCAUCAGGAUGAUACAACCAACACGUAAUCCAAGUGGAUUAGUGGAGGAAAAGCUCAAGCGUAAAUGUAGCCUACUGUUAAGUAUUUCCCCUUGAUGUUCUGCUGAUUGAUGCUUUAUGAAUUCAGAGCAAAAGUCAGAUGUGUUUCCAUUCAAGCAAGGGGGGGGUUAGUCAGAGAAGUGUAAGGUCAUGUUGUAUGGGAAGUAAUAGAGCCAGUCUGCACUGUUCCACACUCCUUUUAGCACAGUUUUAAUACAUCACUGAAUCUGUGUAGUCAGAUUGUAGGCCUGCAUCUAAUUUCAUUGCAUCAAAUCACAAUGUGCUUCAUAAGAGCCUUGGGGACUGAAGAGACAGCCACAGUCUUUUAAAUAAUGCACCCGUUCACUGCCUGUUCAUGUUUCUUUUCAGGGUAUUUUUCUUGCAAACAGUGCUGAAUGUAUACAAUGCAACGUGUGAAUAGAGGGUUUGUACAUACAUAUUUCUGUGUCAGAUAAUGUACAUAACAUACAUAAGUAUAUUUAUUAUAAUAAAAUUUUGAAACACACAUAUGCUUUGAAGAAACAUAGCUCCCUGAUGUUUCACAAGCAAUGGAAAAGCAAUUUUUGGUCUAAUGGUUUUUGCAUGAGCCCAGUUUGUAAUCGCUGCAAAGCUUGACACACAUACAUGAGAUGUUCACUGAUUUAUUUUAAGCAGAGGAUUAGUAUCUUAGACGUCACCACCUUGGGUUUAAAAUGGUGCUUGAUUUAAAAUGAAAAGGAGACUAAAACAGAUGCUUUAACUCCCUAAUGGUUUUAGUUGUAAGAGUCUUUGAAAGUAUUCUUGGAAGUUGGAGGUGAUGGGUGCCAAUGCCAAAGCCUCUGCUGGCUCUAAGUUAAGGAGGGCAAGCACACUGGCAAAGACCAAGGACUGAUAUAAAAACAAUGACUAGAGAGAUGUUAGUUCACACAACAUCAGUCUGACUGCCUUGCUAUGAAU